UGGCAAGACUGUCGGCCAUCUUGACUGUGGGCAGCCAGCAGGGAGACCGCGCCUGCGUUGCGGACCUUCUGUUGCCGGAGUGUGUGGUGCCGGUGGAGGGAAGAGGUUCCUGGGGUUUUGCAGCCACGAUGACCCAGGCGGAGAAGGGAGACGCGGAGAAUGGGAAGGAGAAGGGCGGGGAGAAGGAAAAGGAGCAGCGCGGCGUGAAGCGGCCCAUCGUACCUGCCCUGGUGCCCGAGUCGCUGCAGGAGCAAAUCCAGAGCAACUUCAUAGUUGUCAUACAUCCAGGUUCAACAACUUUAAGGAUUGGUCGAGCCACAGACACACUUCCUGCCAGCAUUCCUCAUGUCAUUGCACGAAGACACAAACAACAAGGGCAGCCCCUGUACAAGGACAACUGGCUCCUAAGGGAGGGACUAAAUAAACCUGAAAGUAAUGAACAAAGACAAAAUGGUCUUAAAAUGGUGGAUCAAGCGAUAUGGUCUAAAAAGAUGUCAAAUGGUACAAGACGGAUUCCUGUGUCCCCUGAACAGGCACGUUCCUACAACAAGCAGAUACGACCUGCAAUUUUAGAUCAUUGUUCUGGAAAUAAAUGGACAAACACAUCUCAUCACCCUGAGUUUUUGGUAGGAGAAGAGGCUUUGUAUGUUAAUCCAUUGGACUGUUACAAUAUUCACUGGCCUAUUAGAAGAGGUCAGUUAAAUAUUCACCCAGGACCUGGGGGCUCCCUCACAGCUGUUCUGGCAGAUAUUGAAGUAAUAUGGUCUCAUGCAAUACAAAAAUACUUGGAAAUUCCAUUGAAAGAUUUAAAGUAUUAUAGAUGCAUCUUGUUAAUUCCUGAUAUCUAUAAUAAACAGCAUGUGAAAGAAUUAGUGAAUAUGAUCCUAAUGAAGAUGGGUUUUUCAGGAAUCGUGGUCCAUCAGGAGUCUGUGUGUGCCACUUUUGGAAGUGGUUUAAGCAGCACAUGUAUUGUAGAUGUUGGGGACCAGAAGACAAGUGUGUGCUGUGUGGAGGAUGGGGUCUCCCAUCGAAAUACUCGGCUCUGUCUGGCAUAUGGAGGAUCAGAUGUAUCAAGAUGUUUUUACUGGUUGAUGCAGCGAGCCGGAUUCCCUUACAGAGAAUGCCAGUUAACAAAUAAAAUGGACUGCCUUCUUCUGCAGCACCUAAAAGAAACUUUUUGUCAUUUAGAUCAGGACAUCUCUGGGCUUCAGGACCAUGAGUUUCAGAUUCGACAUCCAGAUUCCCCUGCCCUGCUUUACCAGUUUCGAUUAGGAGAUGAAAAACUCCAGGCUCCAAUGGCUUUAUUUUAUCCAUCAACCUUUGGAAUCGUUGGACAAAAGAUGACAACUCUGCAGCACAGAUCCCAGGGUGAUCCUGAAGAUCCUCAUGAUGAACAUUACCUGCUGGCGACACAGAGCAAGCAAGAACAGUCUGCAAAAGCUACUGCUGACCGAAAGUCUGCAUCCAAACCCAUUGGAUUUGAAGGAGAUCUUCGUGGGCAGUCCUCUGAUCUUCCAGAAAGACUCCAUUCCCAGGAGGUGGAUUUGGGAUCCUCCCAGGGAGACUGUCUGAUGGCUGGCAAUGACUCUGAGGAGGCCCUCACCGCUCUGAUGUCAAGAAAGACUGCCAUCUCGCUGUUUGAAGGGAAAGCGCUGGGCCUGGAUAAAGCCAUCCUUCAUAGCAUAGACUGCUGUUCAUCUGAUGAUACCAAAAAGAAGAUGUACAGCUCCAUCCUGGUGGUGGGAGGUGGUUUGAUGUUUCAUAAAGCACAAGAAUUUCUGCAGCACAGAAUUCUCAACAAAAUGCCACCUUCGUUCAGGCGAAUUAUUGAAAAUGUGGAAGUAAUCACAAGGCCUAAGGACAUGGACCCCCGGCUGAUUGCAUGGAAAGGGGGGGCAGUGCUGGCUUGUUUGGAUACGACACAGGAACUAUGGAUCUAUCAGCGAGAAUGGCAGCGCUUUGGUGUCCGCAUGUUACGAGAGCGAGCUGCCUUUGUGUGGUAAAGUGGGCAGGAAAAAGUCACUCUUGAAGGAAACCCAAAACAAGCCUCUUGAUACUAAAGACUCUUAUAGAAUAUGUAUUUUUUAUUUAUUGACCUACAAUUAUAAAUCUUAUAUUGAGGACCUGACAUUGGUGUGAAAUUACAAGCUGCUUCUGUAUCAGGACAUCUGAGGAAAAGCGUAGUAAGCUUUCCUGCCCCUUCUCAGGGUCUCAGAAACUCCCCAGUGAUGGCACAUGGUUGAGCAGUUGUCAAAUGGUGAAGCUCUCAUUUAAGCUGACUAUUGAGUGUCAUGAGACAGUGUCCUUCGACUGUGAGGGGGCAGGGGUGUGACUUGGGGCCUGAAUUGUGAACACUGUAUGGUCAUGAUAUUUUCCCUGUUUGCAAUGGCAAGCACAUAUGAUGUGACUCAUGUGCUUUUGGAAUUCCAAAUAAGAAAAAGUUUUUGGGGUUUUUUAAAAUUUUCUGUUGGAUUACAAAAACUAUGGGGGCCCAUUCAGGUCUAGAUUUAUCAAGGCAGAGGUUUAAGGCUAGGCUGGCUUUCAUUACCCAACAUGCCUGAGGAUAGCCUUGGGAAAAGAAAAUAGUCAUUACUUGACCAAAGCAGAAAAGGAAAAUUUGUUUCCUUCCUAAAGCCAAACAAAUGAUUUAGGAAUAAUUGAGAGUUGUUAGUAUGUGUUGUACAGAUAAGCAAGGCAAUAGUUGCAGUUACUACUGACUUAAUCAUAAAGCACCCCUCACCCCACCCCCAGUUUUCCUUUACCUGAAGAACCCAGGGGCAGUAUUUGGAGUUCUUUGUGUUCAGUAUGAUUGAUUGACCUUGAUCUGUGAGCAAUCAAGCAAACAGUAAAAACAGAGUUAUUACUGCCUUACUGAAGCCUUCUGAGCCCCUGGCCUAAGGAAGAGAAGGCCUUGUCUGGAGACAGGAGCACAGCCUGAGGGCUCAGAGACCUGGGGGGAUUAGGGGAUACCUGAUUUCUUCCAGGCUCUUGCGCCUGCUUCCUUUCUCUCUGUCAAGAACUGGAGGUGGGACUGGGAAAAAGACAAACAUAGGAGCAAUUAAGGGGAGGGGAUAAGUGUGGGAUAUAGA